AUGGAAAUGGCAAAAAUGGAUAAAUCAAAAGUAAAGCCUUAUUGUGGGAAUGGGGAAGUGAAUGAAAGUAAUGGUACAAGAAAAUUUAAUAAAGAAAAUCAUCUUUCUAACGCCGAAAAACUAAAAGUAAAACCGAAAGAUUCCAAGGUUAUUGAAAUUGUCCGUUUUAUAAUUAAGAAUCCAAAUCUCAUUAUCGAAGGUAAUUGGUUUUGUCAGCAUUGGAACUGCAAGCAUAAAGUAAAAUGUUUAAAUAUAGAAGAAUGUAAAAACAAGUGCCCACACGAACCGGAGUGUAAAACUGUACUUCAUUGUCUAUCAAAGUGGACAUGCAAACAUGAACCGGAGUGUGAAUUCAGGGCACAAUGUAAAAAAAGAUGGAUAUGUCGACACGAACCAGUAUGUCAAAGUAGAUGGCAUUGCAGAAAAAAUUGGACAUGCCGACAUCAAAUACGAUGUAAAGACUUAUGGGAAUGUAAGUACAGGUGGACCGAAGAAUAUGAACCACAUUGUCAAGGCGAAUGGCAAUGUUACCACACACGGAAAUGUCAAACUAAAUUAGAUUGUCAAAAUAAGCCAUUUAACGAAAAAUGGAAAUGCCCACAUAAACCUGAAUGUUACAACAAAUGGAAGUGCCAAAAUAAAUGGCAUUGCCAACAUAAAGAAGAAUGUGACAUGUCGAAGCCUAAGCUGAAAUGGAAAUGUCAACAAAAAUGCCAGCACACAUGUCCAAAUGAAGAAAUUUGUAAAAACAAAUCACAAGCGAUGUUCCAACAACAUAAGCAUCAGUUUAAAAGCGAAUGGAAGUGCAGACAUCAAUGUAACGAUCUAAGGGAAUGUUAUAAAAAAUGGGAAUGUCCACAUAAGUCGGAGAACACUCCAAAAUGUAAAGAUGAAUGGAAAUGUAAAACCAGAUGGUGGCAAUGCAAACACGUGCAACCAUGUAUAAGCGGGUGCCAAGAAAAAUGGGACAAUGAUAACGAAUGGAAAUGUGGACAUGCUCCAGAAUGUCAGAGUAAUUGGCAAUGCAUAAGUGAUUCGCACUCUUUAAAUAAGUGGCAGUGCCAAAACACAUGGAAAUUAAUUUAUAGUCAAGAUGUACUUAAAGCAUGCUUAACGAAAACUUUCCAGCCUAAUAAACUCUACGAUUUUUUCACUAAACAAUGUAAUGAAUGUGAAAAAAAGAGUUUAAUUAUGAGUUUUAUGCUAUAUACUGGGCCGCAAAAAAUCUUAAAGAGUGAGAUUAUUUGUCAUUUAAUAUGGACCAAAGCCAAGGAAAUCAAAGGUGAUGUGUUUUACAGAGUAUUUGGUAGGUGGAUAUGCAAUCAAGGACAUAAAUGGGACAGCUCCUAUACUUGGAUAUCUCUUCAAAAGUUCGUAGAGAACUCUUUGACAGGCUACCAAGAGGAUAACUUUCGGACAAAUAUCCGUAAUUAUAACUUUCGAAAGACUCAAGAAGACAUCCAGAAGCAUAACAUUCAGAAAAUCCAAACAGACUUCCAAAUACGUGAUUUUUUUAUGAUGCAAUGUCAUGAAUGCUGGAAAAACGCGUCAAUUUUGUGUUGGCAACCUAUAAUAGGGUCAAAGGAUGCUCCCCUUCACGAUAGGGCGUUAUGUGAAAAGUGUCGAAGUGGCGAUAUCUGUGUUCAAAAGAAUUCUUACUUUGGUCGACAAUAUUCGUAUUAA